AUGGCACGCCUGCGUGGUUCAUCCACUUCCCGCCGAAGCCCUUCGCUCGCGGCGUCUGCCACCCACGAGCAAGCAAGCGAUCGAGAAGACGAAUACGAAGAAGAUAUCGGCCCGGUGACCCCAAUCGAAGAAAUUCCGUAUCCACUCCCAGGCGAAGAGGAUGACCAAGAUCAGCCGUCCUCUCCGAGUGACCCCCCCGAGUACUAUGGUGCAGCAGGCAAUUCCGCUAUCCGUGCCCGAACGAGAUCUCAGCAAGUAGCGGCGGAGCGGGCUCUGCCUCCAGGACAUAGAGGAUUCGAGAUUGAUGAGGCGGAACAAGUCACACCGCAAGCCACCGACGCCGACUGGCGACCUGCUUUUCCUCCACGAGGAAUUACCGCGCGACCUCUUAAUGGCGUCCGGUACACCUCUCCUCUCGGACCCGUGAGCUCUCCGGUGAGUGCCGUCUCAUCUCCUGCUCAGAGUCGUCCAUCUCCGGUACCGCAAUCGACAUCUCCCACUCAGGCUCGACCAUCUCCUGUUCCGCAACUCCCGUCUCGCACCCAGACUCGUCUGUCUCCGAUCCCGCAAUCACCUUCUGCUGCUCAGACUCGUCCUUCUCCGGUUCCGCAAGCUACGUCUCCUAUCCGAAGUUCACUAAUUCGUCCUACUCGCCCAUCGGUAUCUCCUCCAGGGCGGAUCCCAGCACGCCCUAUUCUGUCCACUCCAGGCAACGUCCGGGCUCUUGCAGCUCGCAGUCAACGACUGAGAGCCCAGCGUAGGAGUUCGGCUCUGAGAUCUCAGACGCCGCUCACGAGUCCACCCAGUCGUGGACCUGGGGACGUGCCUUUUGAGGGAAGGUACCCCAGCCCCGGCACGCAGUUGCAGCGCGAGUUGGAUGCGACAUUGAGGCGAGAGGAGGAGAUGAGAAGGAGGGCCAGAGAGAGUGCUGCGCCGACGGAAGAAUCUGAUGAUUCUCACAUCGAUGAUGAUGAGGCUAUACAAUUUCGAAUGAGGGCGCGAGGGGUCGCGCGAGCUGCUGCGCGAAAGGCCAGGUGGGAUGAGGAGGAGAUGUUUGAGGAUAGGUUUUUGAACGGCAUCGACGGCGACGAUGUUGAGGAUCACAUGCACGACCAUGCUGACAGAAUUUUACCUUCAUCCUACGAUGAGGUCCCCUCGGAAUGGACCUACGAUGAACCUCCAUCGGAUUGGGAUGAAAAUUACGAUGUCACACCUCGCAGACAAGCUUUCGUAGCAGCCAACGACCCUCCAUCCAGUCCGCCUGGUGGUGGCGGCGGAGGAGCCACCGUCGAAGAACAACGCACCCCAAGCCUCCCAGACUACCCUGUCUCCGAAGACGAGGACGACACUCCCUACUGGGCUCACACCCUCCCCUUCGGCCCCGACCUGAGCGAUUUACCCCGUGGGAACCUCCCCGAGCUCAGGGAGUUGCCAUACGAUGAUGAAUUUUCGGACGACGACAAUCACGACGACUACAUCGUUCGUCGCAUGGCGCUACCUCUCCCCGGCGAACGAGGCUAUUUGCCGGGCUAUGUCACUCCUCAUGUCCCGAUCCCGCCAUCUUCAAGUCCCUCGUCAUCCCCAUCGUCCAGGCAGUAUUCGGAUCCAUCACCGUCGAUGAUCAAUGUGAAUCGAUCUUCAACACCGAACCGCGGACCUCCUCCUACUCCUGCACCACGCUCCCCGCGAGCUAACUCCCCGCCCAUAUCAAUCUCAUCUGACAGCUCUUCCGAUCUUCCGGGAGGAAGUCACAAUGGCAGCGACGAGACGGAAGACGGCAACCGUCAUGGAGAAGAUCAGGAUGAUCAAGAAGACCAUCCCAGUGAAGAUGACGAGGAGCAGGAUUCUAGGGACGACGAUGAGGAGGAACUUGACUCUUCUCGCGGCUCCUCCUCCACGAACGAGAACUUUCUCCCGUUCGACCCAGAAUUCCGCCGAAACGAAGUCGGGACUCUGGACUACGGCCCCGGCACCCCACGCAGCGUCCUCCGCGACCAAUACGAGCAACAACUCGAGCAACUCCGCGAUCAACACGAGCAGCAACUCGCCGACCUCCGCGACCAAUACGAGCAACAAUUCGAACAACUCCGCGAGCAACUCCGCGACACGCGGGAGGCCGACGAAGCCUUCAUGACCGAGCUCAACGAGGAGAUCAUCGCCCAAGACGCCGAGAUCGCCCGACUGACAGCCGCGCUCGAAGAGUGCGAAGAACAUCGUCGUGCUCGGCGCGCGGAGCUGGACCGUAUGGGGGAGAGGAUCGAUGCGUUGGACGACCAACCUGCCGAGCGCUCGCCUCCCGCCUCUCCUCCCGUACAUGAUGAUGUCUGGGCGAUCGUGGACGGUCUGAACAACGAGUUGGAUGAUGUUAAUGACGCCAGAGAGAUGGAACGGGAGCAGUACAUGACCCGGGUGGAGGAGCUGCAAGCCGAGCUGGAAUUGGCGUAUGCCAAUAACGACAACGUCGACUUCCAACAAGACUUGGAGGAUCUGGAGUCUCCGUCUCCGCGUCCAUCCGAUCGCGCCGCAAGGCAGGCGAAUCUGCAGGCGACGCGGUUGCGAGAGGAGAAUGCCGCGGUGAGACAGGACAACGCCAACUUGAGGGAAGAGAUGGCCGACCUGAGGGCGCAAAACGAACGAAUCAAUAGGGAGAGGGAGCACCUCAGACUCAAUGCUCAACGACCGCAAGCGGAGAUUGCACAGGAGAAUGCCAAUCUGAGAGAAGUGAACGUCACAUACCACAGGCAGAACGACCGUAUCAACCAGGAGAACGCCAAUCUGAGGGAAGAGAUGGCCGACCUGAGGGCGCAAAACGAACGAAUCAAUAGGGAGAGGGAGCACCUCAGACUCAAUGCUCAACGACCACAAGCGGACAUUGCACAGGAGAAUGCCAACCUGAGAGAAGUGAACGUCACAUACCACAGGCAGAACGACCGUAUCAACCAGGAGAACUUCACUCUCCGACUUGAAAACCAGACACUGGCGGCGCAGGUCACGGAGGUGGACAACACGCUAAGAGAAGUGGACGAGGAAGGCGACGAAACCGCCUUCCGACUCCGCGGCCAACUCGAGGCCACGCAGCAAACUCUCGCCACAGCGAACGCCAACCUCGCGCACGGCAUCGGACUCCUGCACGAAGCUCUCGACUGGCGCCGCGACGCCACUCACCUCCUGCUCGUGCAAGGCAUCUGGCUGCAGUGGGUGUAUUUCGACCGCUUCAUCCAGCCGCAUGAGAAUGUAUUCCAGGCGGUGGAGGAUGGCGUGCCGCCGGAGGGGGCGGAUUUGCAAGACGUUCGGGAGCGCCAGGUGGAUCAUUUGAGGGAGGAGAUUGGGAGGGAGGAAGUUGAGUGGUUGGAGGAGGCGUUUGGGGAGGAUGUGGAUGAGCCGUUUGUGAGGCAGCAGUUGGUUGAUGGGCUUAUUGAUUGGAGACAGUAUGGGCAUUUGCAGACUAUUUUGGAUGCUAGUCCUGGACGGCGGGAGAGGGGAGGUGCUGCUGCUCCGUCGCCCUCUGAGGUUGAGGAGGAGGAGGAGGAGGAGUCGUCCUCGGAGGAGGAUGGGGAUGAGGGCGAUGAGCAGGACGAGAAGAGCGGUGAGGGGGAUGACGAAGAAGAGGAUGAUGAGGAGGAUAGUGAGACGGAGAUCAUGAAAGUGGACAACGAGGUUGAUUCGCCGAGAGAGCGGGCACCGGAGAGAAAGUAUAUCAAGGAGGAACAACAAGAUGAUGAGGGCGAGGAUGUCGACGAGAACGACGCCGACGAGGAACAAGUCGACGAAGAUGAAGAUGAAGAUGUGCCCACCCAUGGACUCCCCGUCUUCUCCCCUCGCGUCACCCGCCGGCCCAACCGCCUACCCAGGACCGAACGAGACGACCAAAACGACCUCGACUCCCCGCACGUCCGCUUCGCGGGAGGAACACGAUUCCCUCGUGAGCGUUUCAGCGACGAUGAAGCGCAGCCGAGUGAGGACGACUACCUCUCAGAAGAUCCGGAUCAUCUCAUCAGCCCCAGUUCGUUCAUAGAGAGCGAACCGAGUCCAAGUCCGUAUGUCGCUGCUCGGAGUUUCAGGAGGCCGACUCCAGGUCCGGCGCCGCGACGCAGUGGUAGAGUCACGCUGUUUUCGCUAAGAGGCCUGGAGUCGCGAGGAUUGACAAGGAAUCCAACUCCACCCAGGCAGGUGGAUGCAGAAGAGGAUGAUGCUGAUCAGGAGAGGCAAGACGAUAUACCAUCUUCGCCGCCCAAGAAGCGGCGACGUAGAGAAGCGACUCGUGGACGCACGGCAGAUGAUGAGGUUGCCGCUCCUCCUUCAGCUUCAGACGGAGAAGAUGCAUCUUCGUCUUCAUCCGAGGAGCCGGACGCCGAUCCAACUCCAAGUCGACCUCCGAGGAACGCGAAUCGUCUUCCGAGAAAUGCGCUUGUGCCUGUCAUUGAUCGGAGUGAGAUCACUCGCAAUGCGGAUGGAAGUUGGACAUCGACGGGAAGGUCGACGAGGAGAGUGACGAGGUCGGGUGGAGUGAAGAGGAAGAGAGGUGGAAAGUGA